AUGAAAGCUCUUCAAGCAUCCACUUCUUACAGCGUCGGAUUUGGCAUUUCACCCGCCGCUCCUCUGCUGCGGCCUUCUCGGCAUCGCCAUGUGAUUUUAGCGCAAGUGGAGCCUUCGGAGAAAUCAGUGGAAAUAAUGAGGAAGUUCUCGGAGCAGUAUGCUCGGAGAUCGGGCACGUACUUCUGUGUAGAUAAAGGGGUUACUUCAGUUGUUAUCAAGGGAUUGGCAGACCACAAGGAUACAUUGGGUGCACCACUCUGCCCAUGCAGGCACUACGAUGAUAAACCCGCUGAGGUACAGCAGGGCUUUUGGAACUGCCCUUGUGUUCCUAUGAGAGAAAGGAAGGAAUGCCACUGCAUGCUUUUUCUAACCCCUGAUAAUGAUUUUGCUGGCCAGGAACAGGCCAUUACGUUGGAAGAAAUAAAAGAGACAACAGUAAAUAUGUGA